CGUUCUUAUAGUAACUGAAGGAUGCCUCGUAGUCCUCAUUGACCUCGCUGUCCAGUGCCAUGCGGAUCUGCUUGGCCGCCUCCACCAGAUUAAGGCAAAUCUAUUUACAAAAACAUUCAUGAGGAAACCACACCAAGUGACAUUUGUCUUGAGACUUGCUUGCGACCCCCUGACCCUUUUCUCGCCACCACCAACUUCACAACGCGCAUGCGCAACUAUCAGCACAGAAACAUGAUUGGCAUACUGUUGUAUUAUGCGCUCUACCCACUGUCACGGUACGUGACAAGUCGACACUCAGAGGCCUCAGAGAAGGUUCUCCCUCCUGCAGAGGUUAAUGGCAAGGCAGUGUGGGAUGGUGAUGCUGUCACAACCAGAAGGUUCGACCAGUUUCAGGAAACCCUGCUGGACCAGGGGCAAAGGCCAAGCAGUGGGACGAAGGGAGAGACGGAAGAAAGGAUGAAAGAAGCAAGCCCAGAAAAGGAAGAUGAUAGGAGGCCUGUUGCAGACAAGAAGCAGCUCGUGGCUGUCCUGCAUGAAGAAACAGAGAACGAGGCGAUGAAUGAGGUGAAAUCUACGGUGACGGAGAAAGAAGCAGAGACAGGAAAUGAACUCCAUCAAGAAAAAGUGGAAGCUCCCAAGCAAAAGGUCAGGGGGAAAACUAUUCACCAUGAGGUGCUCCAUAUGAUGCAAAAUACAGAGGAUGGAAUUCAAUUUCCAACCUGGGACAUUAGUCUGGAAAAAGCUCUUGAGGCACAAUUAGACUGCCUGAAAAAGGAGGACAGCGCUCAAGAAACCACCGGUCCAGUGCAUGAACAAAUAAGGAUACUGAGCUUGGAAGAGUCAGAAACUCCAGCUGAGCCAAGAAUACAAGAAACUACAAGUCCUGUACAGGAACAAAUCCAGAUACCAAGCGCGGGAGAUUCUAUGACUCCAGCUAAAACUGCAGCUGAAGUAUUCAUCCCAGAAGAGUGCUGGGAUGAAUAUGUGGCUCAAACUGCUCAUGAAGUGCACGGUGGUGAAAGCAGCUCGAAGCUGUCGUUAUCCUGCCUUCUCUCCGACACUCAAAGCCACCUUAAACUCGGUGGGCAGCAUGACACACAAACUAGCUGGCACUUUCCUGCUGGUCCUGGCCUGGCAGAAGAGGUGCAGUGCCCACUGUGGCAAUUUCCUGUCCUGAGCUUACCCCCACUAGAGCCGACUGUUCCAUUUGAAGUAAUGUGGAGAGUAUGGGAGGAGAUGGAUGAGAGUGCCACCGCAGCAGAGCCCUUCCCAUUCACCAAGGCCUCGAUGGACUUCACUGUGAUGUCCUACAACAUCCUUGCUCAGGACUUACUAGAGGCCAAUCAGGAGCUGUACACACACUGCCCCCUGGAGGUGCUGGACUGGACCUACCGCUGCAGCCUACUCUUAGAGGAAAUACAGAAAUGGGAACCAGAUAUUCUGUGUCUACAAGAAGUUCAGGAGAACCACUACCAUGAAGAACUGUAUCCAUUCCUGUCUCAGAUGGGCUACACCUGUGUGUUCAAGCGGCGUACAGGGACCAAGGCAGACGGCUGUGCUACGUGCUAUCGUAGCAGUAGCUUCUCUGAAGUAUCUGUCACCACCCUGGAGUUCUUCAGGCCUGAGAUAGAGCUGCUGGACCGGCACAACGUGGGCAUCGUUUUGCUGCUUCAGCCGAUGGUCAUCAAGGGGUCAGAGGUCAAGGCGAAGGGCCUACCGCUGUGCGUGGCCAACACCCACUUGCUCUUCAACCCAAGGAGGGGUGAUGUGAAGCUGGCUCAGUUAGCAAUAAUGCUGGCAGAAAUUGACAGCGUCGUCAAAUCCUGUAAGGGCAGAGGUGUAGACUGUAACCUAAUAUUGUGUGGGGACUUUAACUCUGUCCCCCAAAUGCCUCUUUACCAGCUGAUUACCACCGGAGAGCUCUACUACCAGGGUCUGCCAGCAUGGAUGAUAUCGGGUCAAGAGGACCUGUCACAAAAAAGCCAUUGUCACAGACUGUAUGCCCCCCUGUGGCCCAGCUCACUGGGAAUCACUGACAGCUGCCGGUACACUACAGUUAAGGAUAUGUCGAAGAGCCAGAGCCAGAGUCAGAAAUCAGGAAAAUAUCAGUACAGCCAUGACUUCAUGCUGCAGCUGCGCUUCUGUCCAGCUGCGUGUGUCCGUCCUCUGGACUUAGAGCCGAUCCCAGGUUUGACAGACAACACACCAGAUGCUUCAAGGGGAAAUCAACCUUAUAAUAAAAGGUUCAGACACUCAAUCAGUCAUCCGUUAGACCUGGAGUCGGUCUACAAACACAUUCUUCCAGGCUUUGGCAAUCCAGAAGUCACGACCCUGCACUCUGAAGGGGGAGCUACUGUCGACUACAUCUUCUACACCCCAAGACGCAUCUCAACCUGUGACCAAAACACUGGUGACUUUGUGAGUGCAGGUCUGAAGCUGAUUGGUUCUCUCUCCCUCCUAUCAGAGGAUGUCAUAUGGUCAAUGAGGGGCUUGCCAAAUCACAUAUUCCCGUCCGACCAUCUCAGUCUUCUGGCCAAGUUCCAGCUGGACCUGAAUGCCGCAUGAUGGGAAAGACUGGGUGAUGUCAGAGGAUGAUUAUGUUUCUGUUGAAAUGGUUCAGUAUUAUAUAUAUAUAUUUUUUUUGUUUGUUUGUGUUUUUGUCAGUAUGCAUGCAGAAUACCAUAACUAAUGGUUCACUCCUUGCACCAAAGGAUCAUGGUUUUUCUAACAUAAUGGAAGUUACUAUUUUUGUUCAAAACAGCCAGAAAAAAGAAUGGAUGCCAACAACCAGUCUUGUUCCAUCAGAUAAACGCAGCAGAGCCAUGACUGAGAUAUGACAAAUCUUAUUAAAAAUGCCGUAAUAGUUAUUUUACAAAAUGCAAGAAGUCAUUGCUUUAAUUCUUAUCGGUGUGAUAAUGCACUUACCUGUUCGGCUGCUCUUUCGCUUUUUAAUUUAUUUUAAAGCUAAUUUUCAAAAAAGUGAUUUAUCUGAUUAUGAGUCAUGAGUUAUAUAUAUUUUUCAGAUGGUAAAAAUGUUGAAUAAAUAUUUUUCCAUUA